AUGAUUGUUCUACUCGUCACGACCGAGGACAAGAACAGCGCUGAGAGCGUCUUCUUGGAGUUUCAGAACACUUCGGGCUGGCCAACCAACGGGAUCGCCUUCUGGAUUGGCCUAAUCACGGCAUGCGCUGGAUUUGGCGGCAUCCACUCUGUCGUCAUGUUCAGCCAGGAGACCAAAGACGCAGCAAAGAAUAUUCCGCGGGCGAUUCUAUGCUCUUUGGUCAUCAACGCGCUGCUGUGCCUGCCCUGGGUGCUCGCACUGCUCUUCUGUACCGGCAGCUUGGACCGCCUGUUGCAGUCACCUGUCAGCUUCGUCAGUCCGAUGGCACAGAUUUACCUGAACUCAACAGAAAGUAUCUCCGCAGCGGUAUUUCUACAGAUUAUGACCUUCACCGUUGGCGCCGGAGCAAGUAUGAACCUCGUUGGCUCAGCGGGACGCGCCAUCCACUCGGCCGCCCGCGAUGGCGCUUUACCCCUGAUGCUAUCCAAGAUUCAUCCAAAAUGGAACGUUCCCGUACGGGCGCUCUUCGUGACAUACGUCGCCUUAUGUCUCAUCUGCCUGAUCUACAUAUGGAAUACUACGGCAUUCUUCGCCUUUCUAUCGGCCUUUCUCAUCCUACAGAUGGUGUCGUAUAUCAUUCCAAUCGGGCUAUUGAUGUACCACUCCAUUGGCAAGGAGUUUGAGCUUGGGCCUUGGCAGAUGGGCCCUCUCCGUGUCGUCAUUCACACAAUCUCAGUGGCAUGGUGCCUCCUGUUGAUCGUCUUCCCGUCGUUCCCGACUACACUGCCAGUAACGGCGGCGAACAUGAAUUACUCGAGUGUCAUUGUCGCCGGCAUUUUUGCGCUAGCGACAGCUCUUUACUUUUCUUAUGCCCGAGGACGAUUCACAGGACUCACACUGGAACCUUUGGUAGGCGUCAGUGUCGGCGAGAAAUGA